UGCCAGCAUCUAUCCAUUGAAAUUUGGCUCUGUGUCUCACACACACAUAGGCACACGCACAUACACGGACAACGAUGCGGAGUAGGAGGGUCAAGCAGAGCUAUGUGAUGCUGCUGACUUUAUAAAGGAAUAUCCAUUGGCACUUUCAAUAGACAGCGAGGAGCCGCGCAGUGUCGCAGUCUGUUGGCGGAUGUUGAACUGAGGCGCGCACUUUAACCGAUAGCCGCGGUCUGUUUUAAUUUUCUGUGGUGUUUAUGAUAAGGAUAUAUAAUCGGAAAGACGUCGUUUGAUUUAGCGCUUAUUAUAUUCGCCUCCAGGAACAUUUCAGCACCGGACGGAUAACCUCGGCUUCGUCUUAUAAUGGGAUUGAUUUGUUACCGAAGUUCGCCAGUGGACUAUAGCGAAGUAGCGCCGGUUGAAAUGUGGAGGUGCUGACCGACCUUUCGUCCAUUUUGUCUUUACGCGAACAUUUUCAUUACUUACGAAGGUUUAACGUCGAUGCCGGUUAAAUAGUCGAUGAAAAACAAACUGCUCUGUAAAAAACAAAGAAUGGGACGUUGUGAAGUUUGAACACUGGUCUGCGUUGUGGGGAGCAUUUGUGUGGCUGAAACCAUGCUGAUCUUCAGUGCUGUGCUGAAGAUAUGUGACCUGUGCUGUUGAAGCCUCGUGCCGCUCCCUCAUGGCUCUAUGGGAGCUGGUGCUGUUAACUUUCAGCCUCCACUAUUGGCUGACAAGCUCUGGCAGUAUAACCGAAGAAGGUCCUGCUGGCCCACUAGACUGGCUUCUCUCUGACAAGGGUCCAUUUCACCACUCACAGGAGUACACCGAAUUUGUGGAGAGGAACCGUCAAGGAUUUUCUACAAGAUACAAGAUCUACAGGGAAUUUGGCCGGUGGAAAGUGAACAACUUGGCUGUCGAGCGACGGGAUUUCCUGAGCUCCCCUUUGCCUCUCACCCCAGAGUUUGUACGCAACAUUCGCCUCCUGGGACGAAGGCCCACCGCUCAGCUAAUUACUGACAACCUAAUCAGAAAAUAUGGGACCCAUUUUUUGCUGUCAGCUACACUGGGAGGAGAAGAGGCUUUGACUAUAUUUGUGGACAAGAGGAAGUUGAGUAAGAAAGUAGAGGCGAGCGACUACACCAGCAAUAGCACCGCUGUGACUCUGGAAGCCCUUCACCAGUUGGCAGCCUCCUACUUCAUAGACAGAGAGAGCACUCUGAGAAAACUACAUCACAUCCAGAUUGCCUCCACUGCCAUCAAGGUAACUGAAACCAGGACGGGCCCUCUUGGUUGCAGUAACUAUGACAACCUUGAUUCUGUCAGUUCUGUACUGGUUCAGAGUCCCGAGAAUAAAGUCCACCUGCAAGGCUUGCAGGUCAUUUUGCCAGAUUAUCUCAGAGACACUUUUGUCCAAGCAGCUCUUAGUUAUAUCGCCUGCAACGGAGAGGGAACUUUUGUCUGCAGAGACAAUGACUGCUGGUGCAAGUGUGAUCCUAAAUUUCCAGAAUGCAACUGUCCCUACACGGAUAUUCAAGCCAUGGAGGAAAGCCUUUCACGAAUCUCUGAAUCAUGGGCCCUUAUUUACAAAGAAUUUGAAGAUUCAGAUGAGUUCAAAACAUUUCUGAUGAGGCUCCCUCAGAAUUUUUUCCUCAAUUCCUCCAUGAUUCAGCAUUUAUGGUCGCUGGAUGGCGUGUUUCAGCGACGCUACGAGCAGCUGGAGGCGAGCAUGAAGACUCUCUACAGGAGAGCCCAGCGUGUGGUGUACAAGCUCUUUAGCCUGAGCAAGAGGUGCCACAGGCAACCCCACAUCAGCUUACCACGGGAAAGGCCACAGUCAUACUGGCUGAACCACUUUCAGUCUUUGCUCUACUGCUCUGAAAACAACCAUCUGGGCUCCUUCUCAGAAGAGUUGCACACCUGCAUUUGCUCUUAUGACCACAGUUCGUGCCAGGUAUCCACGCCGUGCUCCGUGGGAGAAGGUGCUUCCUGUGCCGUCUGUGCUACCGACAACCACACUCGGUGCGGAAGCUGCAACGCCGGAUACACAUUAAGUCAAGGUUCCUGCCGACCAAUGGUGGCAGAUUCCACAGAGAACUACCUGGGCUUCGAGACUGAUCUUCAGGACCUAGAGCUACGUUACCUUCUUCAAAGAGCUGAUCGACGCUUGGAGGUCCACGCGAUUUUCAUUAGCAACGACAUGCGGCUAAACAGCUGGUUCGACCCUACGUGGAGGAAGAGGAUGCUGCUUACGCUGAAGAGUAACAAAUACAAAUCCAACCUGGUCCACAUGCUCUUAGGCAUCUCCCUUCAAAUCUGCCUUACCAAAAACAGCACUCUUGAACCAGCCCUCACCCUCUUUAUAAAUCCCUUCGGGGGAAGCCACUCGGAGAGCUGGUUGAUUCCCGUAAACGAGAACAAUUUUCCAGACUGGAAGUCUGCUAAGCUGGACCUUCCGCUGGAGUGCUUUAACUGGACCUUGACUUUGGGCAACAAGUGGAAGACCUUCUUCGAAACCAUUCACAUUUACCUGAGGAGCCGCAUUAAAACUCCAGGCGCCGGGGCUAAUGAAAGCGUUUACCUGGAGCCUUUGGAAAUAACCGACCCUACUAAGAAUCUGGGGUACAUGAAGAUCAACAGCAUUCAAGUGUUCGGUUACAGCAUGCACUUUGACCCGGAGGCUAUCCGGGACUUGAUCCUGCAGCUGGACUACCCGUACACGCAGGGCUCGCAGGACUCGGCCCUGCUGCAGCUGUUAGAGAUCAGAGAUCGGGUGAACAGACUCUCUCCGCCGGGCCAGCAGCCUCUGGAUCUGUUCUCCUGCCUGCUACGCCACCGGCUCAAACUAACAGCCAACGAGGUGGUGCGCAUUCACACCUCACUACAGUCCUUCAGCACCCGUCUCCCCAAUUCUCUGGAUUACGAGACCACUAAACUUUGCAGCUAACGGCUUACGUGUGACAGCUGUCUGACGGCAGCAACAGAACAAGUGUAAAAAUGCAAAAUAGACUGUUAAUGAGUCAAAGCUGUAGACUUUCAACGGUAGAGACGUUUUCGAAAGUACUUACAGAUCAUCUUACUCAACAGAAAAGAGACAUUUUAUUGUAUAAAACGACAGUGAGAUCAAAGAAAAGGGUUUUAAGAAUACAUGUUUGUUUGUAAUUUUUAUAUGUUUUUCUUUUUAUUCGUUUUUGCUUCAGUGACGGUGAGCUUUUUUCUGAAAGAAUACAGUGAUGUCAGUCAGUUUUGUAGGUAAAUUGUUAUUAAAACAUCAUGGUUGUUAUCGAGUAAUGUUUGCGCUUUAUUUACGUAUCAGCCUAUUUUUAUUGCUAAAUGGCACUUUGGAUUAUCGGAAAAUGUAAGACAUUUUAUAUUUGCAUUUGAGUGCACUUAAUGAAAAAGUAUAUGAUGAGUAUUUGAUGAAGUAUAUUGAUGCAAGACUUUGAUAAAAUAGUGAAUUAGAUUUAGUAAGAUAACUGUGUUACAAAUCAUGUUCAAUUCAUGUUCGGCCCUUUAAUUUCAUUUUUAUCGAAGGGAGGGUGUUGAAUGUCCAGAAUUUUGACUGUAAUAUGAUUUGUGUCCUAAUUUAUAGACACAGUGUUUUGAAUAUAAGCAGUACGGUGUAUAUU